UCAAAAUAGUUGUGAAAUAGUGCACGAAACACGAAAACCUUCUUCAUUAUGUAUUAAUUUUCACAGGAUAAGCGUUCUUUGGUGCCGAAAGUAGCAAAUUCCCUUGGCAAAUGGCUUCGAAAAUCGUAGCAACAGCCACAGUGCGUGCGGUAAAGCAUCGGAAGCUGCUUCCGAUGAGAGCUGCACUAUCGCUGACUCCGGCAGCAGUAAACAGGAUAAAACAGCUGUUAGAAGGCAAAAACGAAUUUAUUGGUCUCAAGGUUGGUGUACGGCAACGGGGAUGCAACGGAUUGUCCUACACACUGGACUAUGCAACGACGAAAGAUAAAAUGGAUGAGGAAGUCAUACAGGACGGUGUGAAAGUGCUUAUCGACAAGAAGGCACAAUUAUCUCUCUUAGGCACAGAAAUGGAUUACGUUGAAUCGGAACUCUCGUCGGAAUUUGUAUUUAACAAUCCCAACAUUAAAGGCACGUGCGGGUGUGGCGAAUCUUUCAGCAUGUAAGAGAUGUACGGAACAAUACACGAGCUAGACAG